UUUGAAGAGAGUGCAGAGAUGACUGUCCUGUGAGCAAGUGGCGCCAGAGAGUUAAAUUUGCCGCACAAAUCUCAUGUCAACUUUGGAAUUAAUGAAAAAGGAAUGUCUUGCAUCUGGGACAUUGUCCUCUGCUUCUCUAAAAAGACGUUUUAUUAGAAAGGGAAGAGUGUCUCCAAGGUCCAACUCCAAAGAUGUGAACACUGACUGCCAACAGUGCAGACAAAAUGGACAGGAUGGUAUCGUUUUUGAAGGCAGCAAAUGAAUUUAAAGGGUGUUUCAUAUUCUCCCAAUCCGGCAGUGGCCGCACCGUUCAACGGGUUCUGACGGCGUGCCUCCUCUCUUUCCUGGCCUUGCUGGCUUCAGUAUCCACUGACCUCAGCUCCAAUUUUCAGUUGCUCCACUCCACAGAAGCUGCUUACGAAGCGCUAGCUUCAUGCCGGACGGUAGCCAUCUUGCACCUGGUCGGUAAGCUGCAAAUGAUGCGUCACCUGUUAAGCAAAGCUGGAAUAGAGACGUUCAACGCCAGUGGUUCUACAGCUGUACUGCCUAUGGAGAAUCUGUGUGGUGACUUAGAUGAGAUCCAUUGCCAUGUUGAGGUGGCUGAAUUUUGCCAAGACAUUGAAAGGAGUGUCCAAGCAUCACUUAAUGUUUCAUUUGAUGCAAAUGGAACAAAUGAAAACGUCACUUCUUCUCUGAACUUGUUCAUCGGAAGGCUUCUAGACAUGUGGUCAACAGAAGAAGAUACUCUAAACAAAGCUAAACAUGACUCAAACUGGAGAAAUGUUCUAUCUGCAAGACUUCUUCUUUCAUUUAUAGAGCUCAACUUCCAGUUCAUGGACUUCCCAUUUAUCAUAGCUUUUCCUGCCUUUCAGGAGAAGUGGACUUUUGUCGUAAUGCACCUGAGCUUUGCUGCUCUCAUGACAGAACAACUGCAUGACUGCUGGUUAAAGAACAUUGAUGGAAAGUUCAACACCAGCUUGUAUUUCAAAAAUACCUUUAACACCAAUAUUUGGGAGCUCACACAUUCGGGCAAAGAUCUGCCCGGGUCUCUUGCUGGCCUUCAAGCUCUAAAUAACACUCAGCAGUGCUUGUUCGGUCGUGCGCUGCCUCUACUUAAAAUGUCCUCUCGCUCAGUGUCUUCAGCCCUUAGUAGGAAGAUCAGCUUUCUGACAAUCGCCUGCCUCAUCUACCCGGUGGUCAUGUUCUCCUUCAAGCAAAUGACUGAGUGGAUUCAAAACUAUGCGCACAGUUUGAAAGAGAAGACAGAGGACCUUAGGCGGCAAAGAAAGCUGGCUGAAGAUCUUCUACACCAAAUGCUGCCAAAGUCUGUCGCUAGACAGCUGCGCCGGCAUAAACACGUAGAGGCGGAGAGCUACGAGAAGGUGACCAUUUUUUUCUCGGACAUUGUCGGUUUCACGUCCAUCUCCGCCUCCUGUACUCCUCUCCAAGUUGUGGAGAUGCUCAACAACCUCUACGUUUGCUUUGACACACGAAUCGACUCAUAUGAUGUUUACAAGGUAGAAACAAUUGGGGAUGCAUACAUGGUGGUGAGCGGACUCCCCGAGAGGAAUGGGGACCGGCACGCUGACGAGAUUGCUAAAAUGGCUCUGGAUCUUGUCGCAGCCGUCCGACAGGUGGCCAUCCCUCACAUGCCCAACCAGAGGCUGCAACUCCGAGCUGGAAUUCACACAGGUCCAUGUGUGGCAGGAAUUGUAGGCUCCAAAAUGCCUAGAUACUGUCUGUUUGGGGACACGGUGAAUACAGCAUCAAGAAUGGAGUCUACCAGCUUGCCUCAAAAAAUCCACACUAGUUCCGAAACCUACUUGGCUCUUAUCAAAGACUAUGCUUAUGAGCUGCAGCUUCGUGGAGAAAUUGAAGUCAAGGGUAAAGGCAAAAUGAACACAUACUGGUUGAUUGGCCAUAAGAACUUCAGUGUCCAGAAUGACAGUUUGGUUUGCCACUGGAAUCCUAACAUGGCAAGAAAAAAGAAGACCUUAGCAAGCAGUGAUGUCUCCAUUGGACACUCUUCAGCGACAGUGCAGAGCCUCAGUGAAAACACCACCACACCAGUGCCCAGUCACACACCACCGCAUCUUCGAUCUGAUAAGACCGGCCUAAGCGUGGGGUCUCAGUUGGGCAGCAGCGAAUAUAAAUGUGACAUUCUACCUGGCUCCACAAACAACAACAACAACAACCUCAGUCAUUAUUGGAACUUGUAUAAAAGAAUAAGGGAUUCAUAAAGCGUAAUCUCUGUAUGUAUACUUUUGCUUUUCUCUAUUGAUAUUCUCUGCUUUUAAAUUAUUCUAAUUUCCCCCCCUGCGUUGGUUAGGUUGUUUUUGCCCACUAGAGGGACCCGGAGAGCUCCUGAAACAACCACUUAGAUGUGUGUCACAUUUUCUCUUGUUUCUUUAAAACAUCCCCCCCCUAAAUGUUGAUUUGCUUUUCUCGUAACUAAUGAUGUUUGAUUUCUUGUACACCCACCAAUUAUCAAAUAGGUAGCCUACUGAAAUAUAGCUUUAUUAUAAUACGUUGCUGUUUUAGAAACGCUGUACUUUUGGAUUGGAGAGCAUUCAUUUUGUAAAUGUCUUGCGGAUGGAUGUUUUUAUAUUUCAUUCAUACCUGGUUUUUGGUGUAAUAAAAAAAGAUAUUUCUUCCUCCCCCUGAUAUUACAAUAAAUAUCAGUUAAAAGAUGUGUCUCACCAUAAGGAACUCAUAUAGUAUUGAUAAAGUUAAGCCACUAACUCUACAUACAAACUUGUAUAUUUCAAAAAUGCUUAUUAAAAAAUGUUGUGUUAUUUUUUUAAUUGUCAUGCUAGUAAAACAUAGUAGAAGGUUAAGUGUAAGACAUUCACGUUAACAUGAUAAAAUGUGGUUAAACGAACAGUUUGUGCUUACCAUUAUUUGUUCAUGAAAAAUCCUGCCAAAAGAGUGAUUGCGGUGUGGCAUCAUGGGAAUUGCAGGCAUUUGGCUAAGGUGAAACACAUCAACCAUUUUAAAGACACUCCAUAAAUGACAUUAAAAAAUAAUAAA